AUGGAUCCAUUAUUGAAAAAUAGCGAAAACGAAAGUAACUUUUUCAUAAAGUCUUUCUUUGAAUCCUUAUCAAAUUUUGCAAAAAAUGUAAAGAUUGAAAUAAAAGAUAUAUUUGAAUUACUUAAUUAUCCAUGUGUGUAUCAUAAUAAUAAAAAAAAAUUUAGCAUUAGUGAUUAUGAGGAUUAUAAAAAUUCAACAACAACAAAUAUUAUAAGUAAAAUUGACAAAAAAAAUAUUGAUAACUUUCGAGAGUAUCAAAAUAAAUUAGAAAAAAUUCUAGAAAAUAUUAAAACGCUUAAUGAAAAAUAUAAAAUGGAUGUACCAUUAUUAUUUAUUAUUGAGAAUUUAAUAACAUUACAUUUAAUUAAUGAAUAUAAAAUAAAUAAUAUAGUAAAAAAAAUUCAAGACCAUAACAUUUCUAUGCCUGAAUUGAGUAGUGAUUUGCCAAAUGAUUUAAUACAAACCCUCGAAGUGGAAGAAGAUGAAAACCAAACGGAUUUAUAUGAUAGAGUAAAAGAAGCAAAUAGCUUAUCAAUCAAUAGUUAUGCAGUUAAGCAAUUGAUAGAAAAUGCAAAUAUAAGAAUAAACUUUUCAAAAAUCGAAGAACCAAACAGAGAAAGAUAUUUUAAUACAAGUCAAAUGAAAUAUAGUGCAAGCUAUUUAAAUAAAUCUUAUGACUCUGCUAUAUUUAAAACUGAAAAAGAUGAAAAGCACCUCGAUGAAAUUAAUCUAUCGGAGGGACAUAACAAUCUUAUAGACAGUAUAAUGAGAGAAGAGGAAAUUAGUAGUAUACAUCAUAUAAAUGAUAAACAAGACAAUGUUAAUACUAUCCCAAAUAAAACUGAUGAAAAACAAAAUAUCAUUGAAAAUAUUGGUCUGUCUGAGGAAACAUUAAAAUUGCUUAAUUUAUUACCUAAAAAGACAAAGGAAGAAGAUAGCUAA